AUGUCCAGCAAAUCUAUUCAAAAUGAAGAGGACCCAUUCGAGAUUUACGAUCUCGACUCUGGGCUGAAACUGCUGCGGGAGUACAGCGGAAUCUCCAACGAAGAUGUAAAAUCCCAUGUUGAUUUAAUUCAAACCAAAGCCCUACAGGUGCGACCUUACCCAUGCAUUAGUCGGUACCGUUUCUUGGACCUGAUCAUGAAAUACGGAUGUGUAUCAAGAAGUCUUGGAGCGAAAAUUCGCCAACUUGUUCACGACGGCGCGCCUUCUGUCAAUACAUACGGCUCUGAUCUUUGGGGCGACUUUCUGUCCAUCGGCUACGAACUAUUCAAGGACAAGACAGGCUACAAACUACAUUUAUAG